CGCCUCUUUUGUUAUUCGCUUCUUCUUUUUAGGUCAUUAUUAUCUUACUUUUCCUUUCCAAAUGUUUGAACUAUUCUCUCUAAACGUGGUCUUGGUCUGUACUAUCUCCUAAGAUCUCCGUUAUAUCUUUUGCUCUUUUCAGGGUCUUCUUCUCAACAAUGAGCUGAUUGGUACUCACAGAAGAAGAAGAAGAAGAUUCAUUGUACCUCACUAGUGAGCCACUGUUGUCAAAUGGAUGUUAGUAGCAAUGGAUUAGGAGAAAAAAAGAGUAGCAACGGAGGAAGAGAAGUUGUAAUUAAUGUUUCAGGUGAGGAACCUACAAGAGUUUCUUUUAAGAUGGAUUCACCAGAGACUAAGAAAGCAGUUCCCAUCAAUAGAAGCUCCUCUGCUGAAACCUCUAAUCUUAUUGGUAGCCCUAACAAGCCUCCUAGAGCUCCAAACCCUAGCAGUGAAGGUUUAACUCAGAGGAAAUCAUUUGCAAGGUCGGUUUACUCCAAACCAAAGUCCCGGUUUGUGGAACCGUCUUGUCCUGUAGACACAAGUAAUCUUGAAGCUGAAGUAAAGGAGCCACUUGGUACUGUUAUCUCUAUUAGUAGAGGUUCUCCAAACAACAAAUCAACAAGGAGUGUUGGUUCAGCAACACCAAGUAAAGCAGCUGAGGUGGACAAAGAUGAAGAAAUCUACAAGAAGGUGAAGCUGAGCAAAGAGAUGCGGAGAAGAGUGAGUGUAUUGACAUUGAUAGAGCUUGCUUUCUUUGUGAUGGUUUUAGGCUCUUUAGUUGCUAGCUUAACCGUUGAUGUCUUGAAAACUUACACCUUAUGGGGACUAGAAGUAUGGAAAUGGUGUGUGCUUGUGAUGGUUACAUUCAGCGGAAUGCUUGUGACGAAUUGGUUCAUGCAUUUGAUUGUCUUCCUCAUAGAAACAAACUUUCUUUUGAGGAGGAAAGUGCUUUACUUCGUGCAUGGCUUAAAGAAGAGCGUACAAGUCUUCAUAUGGCUCAGCUUGAUCCUUAUCGCUUGGGUGUUUCUCUUCAACCAAGACGUGCAUCGUUCCCCUACAGCCACAAAGAUCCUCACCGCUAUAACACGAACUCUCAUCUCCCUUCUCACAGGAUCCUUCCUCUGGCUGGUGAAAACACUCUUGCUGAAAAUCCUAGCGGCGAACUUCAACGUGGUUAACUUCUUUGACAGGAUUCAAGAAUCUGUUUUCCACCAAUACGUUCUGCAGACUCUCUCUGGUCCUCCGCUUAUGGAAGAGGCUGAGAGGGUUGGACGUGAGCCAAGCACGGGGCAUUUGAGUUUCACUAGCGUGGGGAAGAAAGGAACGGUUAAGGAGAAGAAAGUGAUUGAUAUGGGGAAAGUUCAUAAGAUGAAGCGAGAGAAAGUCUCUGCGUGGACAAUGCGGGUUCUUGUGGAAGCUGUGAGGACUUCUGGUCUUUCUACAAUCUCUGACACGUUGGAUGAAACAGCUUAUGGUGAUGGGAAAGAGCAAGCUGAUAGAGGAGCUAUUACUAGUGAGAUGGAGGCUUUGGCUGCUGCUUAUCAUGUCUUUAGAAAUGUUGCUCAGCCUUGCUUCAGCUACAUAGAGGAAGAAGAUUUGCUUAGGUUCAUGAUCAAAGAAGAGGUUGAUCUUGUAUUCCCAUUAUUUGACGGUGCUGCUGAGACCGGGAGAAUCACCAGAAAAGCUUUCACAGAAUGGGUGGUUAAGGUAUACACUAGCCGAAAAGCUCUAGCACAUUCCUUAAACGACACAAAAACAGCGGUUAAGCAGUUAAACAAACUAGUGACAGCGAUUUUAAUCGUUAUUACCGUAGUCAUUUGGCUGCUGCUUCUAGAAGUAGCAACCACUAAGGUUUUGCUGUUCUUCUCAACUCAACUCGUGGCUCUUGCUUUUAUAAUCGGAAGCACUUGCAAGAAUCUCUUUGAGUCUAUUGUGUUUGUCUUUGUUAUGCAUCCUUUUGAUGUCGGUGAUCGUUGCGUUGUGGAAGGUGUCCCGAUGCUGGUUGAAGAAAUGAAUCUGUUGUCAACAGUGUUCUUGAAACUUGACAACGAGAAAGUGUAUUAUCCGAACUAUGUUUUGUCCACGAAACCGAUAAGCAACUACUUUAGAAGUCCAGAUAUGGGAGAGACAGUGGAGUUCUCUAUCGCGUUUUCAACACCAGUCUCUAAGAUUGCACAUCUCAAAGAAAGAAUCGCUGAGUACUUGGAGCAGAACCCUCAGCAUUGGUCACCGAUACACACAGUGGUGGUUAAGGAGAUAGAGAACAUGAACAAGCUGAAGAUGGCUUUAUACAGCAACCACACCAUCACGUUUCAAGAGUACAGAGAGAGGAAUAUUAGAAGAACAGAACAGUCUUUGGCGAUUAAGAAAAUGUUAGAGGAUCUUCACAUUGAUUACACUCUCCUUCCUCAAGAAGUCCAUCUCACCAAGUCCUCCGACAAAAUUUGAAAAACCGGUUUAUUUUGUUUUACUAAAACGUUGUUUAGGAGAUUAUUAUCUAAUGUUGAGGUACUGUUUUUAUUUUAGACUUUUAGAGUAGAAGGUGAAAUCAAUAUUCCAAAGACUCCUAAACCGACCCAAUUUAAUGACCAUAUUUUUACAUAUAC